AUUAGUUUUUAAGCGAAAAUCGAAUUCAAAACUUGAGACAGAAAUUUAUUUUAGUUAACACUUUGGUUAUAUUUCAACGCACAUAUUAACUACUCUACCUUACAUGAUUUUGAAAGAUUGAUCAUGGGUCACUGUUGUAGCAAAAGCGUGACGAUCGCCGUCGACGACGUCAAACGGCCGGAAGCGGCGUCGGCGGUGGAUGCGGGGACGAACGGAGCCACCAACUCCAGCAAAGACACGCCGGCGCAUUCCUUCUCAUCGAGUCCUUUCCAAACGCACUACCCUGCCGGCGUUGACCCGUCGCCGUCAUGGACUCCGAAGAAGUUUUUCAAGUGGCCGUUUCCUCCGCCGUCGCCGGCGAAGCCGAUCAUGUCGGCGAUCAUGAAGCGGCAAGCUACGAAGAAGGUGAAGGAGAAUCCGGUGGCUGAUAGUAGUGUAGAGGAGAGAGUGGAGCCGGAGCUUGAUAAGACGUUCGGGUUUUCGAAAAACUUGUGUGCCAAGUAUGAGCUAGGGAAGGAGGUGGGGAGAGGGCAUUUUGGUCAUACGUGUGCUGGUAAGGCUAAGAAGGGUCAGUUGAAGAAUCAGCCUGUUGCGAUAAAGAUCAUUUCCAAAGUCAAGAUGACAACAGCUAUAGCAAUUGAAGAUGUUCGUCGGGAAGUGAAGAUUCUGAAAGCAUUAUCUGGACAUGAAAAUACAGUCAAGUUCUAUGAUGCAUUUGAAGAUGCACAAAACAUCUACAUUGUCAUGGAGCUAUGUGAAGGUGGAGAAUUACUAGACCGGAUUUUAUCAAGGGGUGGAAGAUAUGCAGAGGACGAUGCUAAAACUAUUAUUGUGCAGAUACUAAGAGUGGUUGCCUUUUGUCAUCUACAAGGUGUUGUGCACCGUGAUCUGAAACCGGAGAACUUUCUUUUCGCAACAAGAGACGAGGAUGCCCCAUUGAAGAUCAUAGAUUUCGGCCUAUCUGAUUUCAGCAGGCCAGAUGAACGCCUCAAUGAUAUUGUUGGCAGUGCAUACUAUGUCGCGCCUGAAGUGCUCCACAGAUCGUAUAGCAUUGAAGCUGAUAUUUGGAGUAUAGGUGUCAUAGCAUAUAUACUCUUAUGUGGGAGCAGACCUUUCUGGUCAAGAACUGAAUCUGGAAUCUUCCGUUCAGUGUUAAGGGCUGACCCCAACUUCAGUGACUCACCUUGGCCUAACAUAUCGCCAGAAGCUAAAGAUUUUGUAAAAAAGCUUCUAAACAAGGACCACAGGAAAAGAAUGACAACUGCCCAAGCACUUGGCCACCCAUGGUUGAGAGAUGAAAAGCACCCUAUUCCCCUAGAUAUUCAAACGUACAAAUUAGUGAAGUCAUACAUUCGUGCAACAUCAUUUAAGCGUGCAGCUUUAAAGGCACUCUCAAAAGCUUUGACAGAAGAUCAUCUCAUUUAUCUCAGGGCUCAAUUUAAUCAUUUGGAACCUAAAGAUGGAUUUAUAACCCUCGAGAAUUUUAGAUUGGCUCUUGCUAAAAACAUGACUGAUACGAUGAAAGAGUCUAGAAUUCCUGAUAUAUUAAUUGCGAUGGAGCCUCUCUCAUACAAAGGCAUGUAUUUUGAAGAGUUUUGUGCUGCUGCAAUUAGCUCCUAUCAGAUUGAGGCUCUUGAAGAAUGGGAAAGUAUUGCUAGUACAGCUUUUGGAUAUUUUGAACAAGAAGGAAACAAGGCCACUACUGUGGAAGAACUAGCACAGGAGAUGAAUUUGGGGGCUUCAGCAUACAAUUUACUCAAAGAUUGGAUAAGGAAUUCAGAUGGAAAACUCAGUCUUGUUGGAUAUACAAAGUUUUUGCAUGGUGUAACAGUUCGUAGUUCUCAUAAUACAAGGCGUCAGUAGCAUAUUUAGCAAGGAGGUAUUAAUUGGUUUAAGGAGAUAUCAGUCGGUUUAAAGUGCUCCCCAUUUCUUUAUUGCUUAAUCAAAGUUUUGAUGAAUGAAUACUAGUCGAGCAGUGAAUGUAUGGCAGUGAUAUGCAGCGGCUACAGGCAGUUAAAAAACUUUCUGUAAAACUAAGGCCUUUGCAGAAGCAAAUACUAAAGAAAAUUGUAAUAUACAGAUAUGUUUAUCGGCAAUGCUACAAGCUUGCAAUC